GGAAACGGUUGUAUUCUGCUAGCGGUGGCGGACACAAACCAGAAUCUCGCCAGGACCUGGACACUCCCCGGAGCCGCAGUCGACGCGGGGCGGCCUGGGAAAGUCAGCAUCGCAGUGAGGGAACCGCAGCCCGGCGGCCCUGGAACCUCCCAGUGCUGCUUAAGAGGAAUGAGGUGCGCUAACUCCUGACUGUCUUCAAACACCUUUCUCUGUCAAUUUUAAGAGAUCAUUUUUCUGGCUGCAGGACCAUGGCUGGAAGUUAUUUUCUUUCAGGGCAAGAAGGGGUCCAGUCAUUGUUCCUGAGAUGGAAAGUCAGAGCAGAGCAACGAGAAGAAAUGACCACUUCUCCAGUAAGUACAUCCCAGGGUCUGCUAACAUUUGGGGCCGUGGCUUUGGACUUCUCCCAGGAGGAGUGGGAAUACCUGGACUCUACUCAGAGGGCUUUGUACAUUGAUGUGAUGUUGGAGAAUUACAGCAACCUGGUCUUUGUUGAGAACCAUUGCGUGUGUGGUAAAUACAAGAACGUCUUGGAUCAAGACUCGAACUAUAUUAUAUGUCAGCAUGUGAAUAUCCAAGAGAAAUCUUACAAGUAUAAUCAGCUUGGCAAAAUGCUUCAUGAAUCCUCCCAUUCUACACCUUAUGACACAAAUGAUUCUGCAGAAAACUGCAGCAUCUAUACAUGUGGUAACCACAGGGAUGCCUCCACUGACUCAUCAAACCUAAACAGACGUAAAAGUGUGAACAGUGGAGAAGAACUUUUCAAAUAUGAAGACUGUGGCAAAUGUUUAUGUUCCAAUAAUAGUCUAAAUCCGAGUAUUCACACUAUAAAGAUAGAACACAAGUAUGCAGAAAGUGAUAAACUUCUGGGUUCUGCACACAGACUUGUUCAGCAAAGAAUCCAUAGUGGAGACAAAACACACAAUUGUGGGAAAUGCUGUUCAAGCCUCAGUACACAUGAGAGACUUCAUAUUGGAGAGAAACCAUGGAAGUGUAAAGAAUGCGGUAAGUCUUUUAAGUGGUUAUCUCACCUUAAAACCCACUGCAGAAUCCAUACUGGAGAGAAACCUUACAAAUGUAAGGAAUGUGAUAAGGGCUUUUCUCGAUUAUCUAGACUUAAAAACCAUUAUAGAGUCCAUACUGGAGAGAAACCUUACAAAUGUGAGGAAUGUGGUAAGUGCUUUUCUCGGUUAUCUAGACUUAAAAACCAUUACAGAAUCCAUACUGGAGAGAAACCUUACAAAUGUAAGGAAUGUGGCAAAGCCUUUACCCACUGCACAGGUCUUAGUACACAUCAGAAAAUUCAUACUGGGGAGAAACCCCACAAAUGCAAAGACUGUGGUAAAGCCUUCUAUCUGUUGUCAACACUAAAGGAACAUUACAGAGUCCACACUAGGGAGAAACCAUACAAGUGCAGUGAAUGUGGUAAGUUCUUUCAUUGGUUGUCGGGCCUUAAAAGCCACUACCGAAUACAUACUGGAGAGACACCUUACAAAUGUGGAGAAUGUGAGAAAUCAUUUUCUCAGUUGUCAAGACUUAAAAGCCAUUAUAGAACCCAUACUGGAGAGAAAUCUUGCAAAUGUGUAGAAUGUGACAAAUGCUUUACCCACUGCACAGCUCUUAGAAGACAUCAUAAAAUUCAUGCUGAUGAAAAACCUUACAAGUGUGAAGAAUGCAGCAAAUGUUUUUAUGUGUUGUCACACCUUAAAAGCCACUGUAGAACCCAUACUGGAGAGAAACCUUACAAAUGUAAGGAAUGUGGUAAGUGUUUUUCUCAGCUGUCAAAACUUAAAAACCAUCAUAGAAUCCAUACUGGAGAGAAACCUUACAAAUGUAAGGAAUGUGGCAAAGCCUUUACCCACUGCACAGCUCUUAGUACGCAUUAUAAAAUUCAUACGGGGAAGAAACCUUACUCAUGUAAAGACUGUGGUAAAUCCUUUUAUUUGUUGUCGAGACUUAAGGAACAUUACAGAGUCCACACUGGAGAGAAACCGUACAAGUGCAAUGAAUGUGGUAAGUUCUUUCAUUGGUUAUCAAACCUUAAAAGACAUUCCAGAAUCCACACUGGAGAGAAGCCUUACAAAUGUGGAGAAUGUGACAAAUCAUUUAACCACUGCUCAAGUCUUAAAGCUCAUCAAAAAAUUCAUGCUGGGGUGAAAUCCUUUAAAUGUGAAGAGUGCGGCAAGUCCUUUUAUUGGUUGUCAAACCUUAAAACCCACUACAGAAUCCACACUGGAGAGAAACCUUACAAAUGUGACGAAUGUGACAAGUCCUUUUCCCAACGUUCUCUUCUUACAAGGCACAACAAGAUCCAUACUAGAAAAAAAUAUGAAUAUGAGAAACUUGUGAGUGAUUCAGAGCCACAGAGUCGGUCCUAGCACACCCACUUAGCAUUAAAAAAAAGAAAGCACUCCUGGACAGAGAAUAAUUAUAGAUGUGCAUGCAGUAAAGACAGUAAAAUUCAGAUGAAAAAGAUGUCUAAAUGGGUCACGGUGUUGGAUAAAUGUACAUAGGCUUGAAAGAGAGGAAAAGAAGUAUAGACAGUUAUAAUAUAAAAGAGUAUAGUCAUAGAUUAAAAGAGUAAAGAUAAAAAAAAUAUUAAACUUGUGGAAAAAGUAAUAGAAUAAGAAAAAUAAUCUACAUGAAGAUGGAAUAUGCACAGAGAAUCUAGAUUAUGUGUAUAUAUAUACUAUUAAUUAUUAUAUUAAUUUUUGACUAUGAAUGAGCUAAGCAAAGAGAGACAUUUCAUUGUAUGGGCUGCCAAGCUAAACCAACAUAUAUUUUAAAGGUAUCUUGACUUCAAAAUUUGGUUCUAAGGUUAUGUUGCUUUGGGAAAGAGGUUCUGCUUUUGUUUCCACAGAGUAUGAGAACCUGUGGAUUCCUUCCAGACUAAUGUGGUUUGAUGAACAAAGGCCCUCCAAAAGGUCUUUGUGAACCCCCCAAAGUACUUCACCCAACAAAAAGCAGGAAGCAGUUUGGAGAGUUCGCCCAAAUUCCCAAAUAUUGUUUAUAAAUAUUUGUUUUCAAUUAAAUGGGGAUGUGAUAUAGAGAUGAAUGCUUUGCAUUUGUAUGGAUCUUGGUUUGUUGAUACACAUUUAAGGUCAAUUUUAUUACAUGUAUAUUUCUGCUCUUGAUUAAGGUAUUAUGUUUGUGCAGGUCAUUUAAAAUGUAAUAUAUAAUUAAGAAAUAUAAGUUAAUGGAUAGUGAUUUGUAAUAGUUAAGCUUGCAGUCAUGCUAGUUAGGUUUUCUGGAUGUACAGAAAUAUAUUUCAGAUGGAUAGGUAUUCUUCAGAUCUUUCAAAGACUAACAGAAUAUGGCAUUUAAAAUGUUUUAAGAACUUAGGACUUUUCGUGACAAUGAGAAACAUCUGCUCCUGGCAGCACCAAUCUACUUCAAGAGGAUGAUGGGCAUCGAAGAAGCUCCUCAUGGAGUUUAUUAGCCAUUUAGGCAAGAAAUUGCUCUUGCUUGGACUGCUUGAUGGUAUGCUGUAUGAAUUGGAUAUGCAGGACCCACAGAAAAAUGACUGCUGAACUUGCCUAAAGGUGAGAUGAUCCUUAAGGGUUUCUGCUUCAUGAAAGGGUCUUCCAGACACUGCAGGACACAGAAAAAAGUGGCUGACAAACUACCAAUAUAGCCGGGCGGUGGUGGCUCACGCCUUUAAUCCCAGCACUUGGGAGGCAGAGGCAGGUGGAUCUCUGUGAGUUCGAGACCAGCCUGGUCUACAAGAUCUAGUUCCAGGACAGGCUCCAAAACCACAGAGAAACCCUGUCUCGAAAAACAAAAACAAAAACAAACAAACAAAAAAAAAACCAUUAUAAUUACAGUUUUCCUUCAUUAUGAUAAAAGAUAAAGCAGAUAUAAAUAUUGUAACUGUAAUUCUUGCUUGAUACCUGUUUUCUUACAUGUAAUUUUACUAUGUUAAAGUCAAAACCUUCCUUUUUGUUUAGACAGAAAAGGGGAGGUGAUGUGGGAUUCCCCUCUAUGCUGUGAAUAUGUUUUAUUACCAUUGGUUAACAAAGAAGCUGCUUUGGGCCUGUGGCAGGCAGAAUAGAGAAAGGCAGGAAUUCCAUGCAGAGAUAGAGAAGAAAAGAAGGUGGAGUCAGGGAGAUGCCAUGCAGCUGCCAAAGGAGACAGGCUCCAGAACUUUACUGGUAGGCCUCUACCUCAUGGUAAAACAUAAAAUAAUAGAAAUGGGUUAAUUUAAGAUGUGAGAGUUAGUUGAUAAGAAGCCUGAGCUAAUAAGCUGAGCAGUGUUUGAAUUAAUAGAGUUUCUGGAUGAUUAUUUUGGGUCUGAGUGGCCUGGAAUGAAUGAGCACUCUCCACCUACAAGAAAUUACUUGAGUGUUUACUGUUGUGAAAUCCUCAUGUCUUGUACAGUAGGAAUUACAUGUCUUGUAAUUGCUAGAGACCUCAAAAACUGUAUUUAAUUUGUCAACGUUUUUACCUAGUAUAAACACAUGUGAAAAUUCAUCUUGAAGUGAAAACCAAAAAAAAAAAAAACCUCCUUUAAUAAAGACUUAUCUUUUAUUCUCCUUCAAAAUAGUCAUUCUGGAGUCAAACCCUACAAAUAGCAAGAGCACGAGAAACAAACAGUAGAGACAUGGCCUGUGUGUGACACAUGUCCAUGUUCAUGCACAGCUCAGAAAUCCCAAAGAAUGUUCAUGAAAGUAAU